AUGCCUCAGGCACCCACUGCAACUCAGGAGUCCACCCAUGCCAAAAGAGCUAGAUUGGAUUCUACAAUAUCGUUAAAUCAACCUCCAACUUCAACUCCAACAAACACCAACUCAACAACUACAAACACUGAUCAAGUCAACUCUGUUAUCUCUGCUGGUCCGUCUACUCCAUCUGCUACAGCUCAUAUUCAUCAUCAUCACCAUCAUCCUAUCCCUCAUUCCACAACUGCUUCAAAUGACUCUACCGAAGAUGGCAAAUUAGAUAUACCCCCAUUAUCAUUUGAAACUAGUCAAAACUCAUUCAUAUCCACUCCAACUGCAUGUCCCUCUUUAGAAGAAGACCAUCAUCAUCAUCACAUUAUUGAAAAGAAAGUUCAAGUUGUUGUGCCACCAUCAACUACUACCACAGCAUCAUCAUCAACAAAUCAAAAAAGAAAACAUAAACCAUCAUCUUCCAAAAUACGUAAAUAUAGAUCAAGAUCAUUACCAAACAUUUUAUUCUCAUCUAAAAACUUGGAUUUCUUCCAAUCCAAAAUCAAGGAUCCAUCAACUACAAACAUAUUCUCCACAACUACAUCAACAACAUCAACUCCACCAGCACCUUUACCACCAGUAAAUAUUCAAUCAUUACGUGAAAUCGACCUGGCUGAAAUUUUGAAAAACCCUCAACUAAGACAUGAUAUUUUAUUUGACCCACAAUUACAAUUCAGACCAAAUCUUGAUGGUGAAAGAGGUCGUCGUAAAAAAGUCACUUAUGAUAAAUAUUGGUCAGGAGUUCAAUUAGAAAUUGAAGAAUAUUAUCAAAAUCAACAUGUUUUUUCUAAAAAUUCAUCAAGGUUACCAAAUCUGUUUCAAACACUAAGAGAUAUUUUGAUUUCAUUAUUACCUUCUAAAGAUAAACAAACGGUUAUUGAUGUUUUAGAUAUUGAACUAAUCAUGCAACAAUUAUCAAACCAUUCAUUAGAUUUCGUUAAGCUGGCUAAUUGGUUAUCAUCUAUUUUCAAAUCACAUUGUGCACCAAUGAGGGAUUCUUGGGUUGAUGAAAUGUUGACGAAAUUUGUCGAAGCUGAUGAAUCAAAAUCUGUUUUAAAAUUAGUUGAAGGUUUAAGAAUGAUUUUCACAAUCUUGGAAGCUAUGAAAUUAGAUGUUGCAAACCAUCAAAUUAGAAUCUUAAGACCUGUCCUAGUGGAGACUGCUGUGGAAUUUGAAAGAGAUUAUUUCUUACAAAUGAUUGCUCGUUGUAAAUUAGAUAUAUCAGAUUCUGUUAAAUGGUUCCAACAGUUCAACAAUAGUGAAACCACACCAAGAAUCAUUACAACACAAGCAAUAUUAUCAUUAUUAUCAUGUUCCAAAAUGGUUAGUGAAUUCCCAUCAUCAUUAGCAUUUGAUCACGCAAGAUUAAUUGUCCUUAGAGCAAAUGUUCGUCAAGUUGUUUGUUUACAACUAUGCAUUGCCCUUUUCAAACAACUUUGCCAUCAAUCUAAUAAUAAUCAAUUAAUCACAAAUGAAUCAAUAGAAUCACUCAAGAAGGAAAUCUUGGCUUUAAUCACUGAUGAAAAUGGUAAUGUCAAAUGGACAAGAAAUAUAGGUGCAAUCGCCUUACAAAUAUCUAGACGUUCAAAUCCUUUAAUGAUUAUACCUAAUGAAAAAACUGUGGAAUUUGCAUUUUCUUGGUUGAUUAAACAAACUCAACCUUCUUCACAAGUUUAUUCAUUAAUGGAACAACGAGUCUUCAAUAUUAUUAAAGAGAAAGUUGUUGAUUUAGAACAUGAAAAAUUAAACAAUGUCAUGCCUGUUAGUGGGAAUGGUAAUGUUGCUGUUGCUAGUGCUACUACUACCACUACCACUACUAAUGAAGAGGAUGAUAUUGGUUCUAUUGCUUCAAGAAUUUCAUUAUUGGCCAAAAUUUCAUUACAAAGAGCUAAUAAAAGAUCAAUUGAAAUGGAAAGUAAUAUAGAGGAAAUAAUCAAGACUCCACAAUGGUCAGAUCAGAAGGAAAACCUCAUCACAGCUCCAUAUGAUUAUUUAACAACAACCCCAGGAAAACAUCUACGUACUCUAUUGAUCCAAUUAUUCAAUACAAUAUACAAAGUACCACCUAUACAGAUUGAGCAGAUAUCCAAAGUGAUUGAAAUACUACAUACUUCGUCCUUAUUGAUUGAUGAUAUUGAAGAUGAUUCAAAUUUAAGACGUGGUAAACCAACUGCACAUUUGAUAUUUGGGAUUCCCUACACUAUUAACUCAUCAAAUUAUAUGUAUUUUAAGGCAUUGAAUUGUUUAUUACAACUGGACCCCAAGUUGGUUGAUGUUUUCAAUGAAGAAAUGUUGAAUUUACAUAGAGGUCAAAGUCUUGAUUUAUAUUGGAGAGAAAAUUUAAGCUGUCCUAGUGAGGAAGAGUACAUUAAUAUGGUUAUGAAUAAAACUGGUGGGUUGUUUAGAUUAUCUGUUAGAAUGAUGGAACAUUUUAGUCAAGAAGAGACCAAGAUCUCUUUGAUACCAUUGGCUAACCUAUUGGGAAUAAUAUAUCAAAUUAAAGAUGAUUAUAAGAAUUUGAAGAAUGAUGAAUUACAAUUAAAUAAAGGAUUUUGUGAAGAUAUAAGUGAAGGGAAAUUAUCAUUCCCCAUAGUACAUUCCUUAAAUAAGAACCCUAUGGAUCAAACAUUGUUAGGGAUCUUGAAACAAAGAACACAUAAUGAUGAUAUAAAGAAGUUUGCAUUGAGUUAUUUAGAAAAGACUGAUAGUUUUGGAUAUACCGAAAGAAGUUUGAAAUAUUUGGGGGAUAAAGCUAUUAAUUUGAUUCGAGAAAUCAUGAUUAAAACAGGAGAGAAUUCAGAUGGAUUCAAAAACAUCGAGAAUCUAGUUUUAAAGUUAAUAGAGACGAAAUGA